AUGGUGACACUGGUGACGUCGGUGACGUCGGUGACACUGGUGACGUCGGUGACUCUGGUGACACUGGUUACAUCGGUGACUCUGGUGACACUGGUUACAUCGGUGACACGUCGUCAACAAGUCACUGGUGACAUCGGUGACAAUGGUGACACUGGUGACGUCGGUGACGUCGGUGACACUGGUGACGUCGGUGACGUCGUGAUUAGUGAUCCAGUGCAUACUCUCGGUGAUGAAGCGCUCCGUGCGCGCCGCCCCCGUAACAGACCCUCUGCAUCGGUGAAAAGUCACCCAUACUCCGGCUUGUCAAUAAACAUCAACACCGCGCCAACGCCCCACGCCCCCAUCAUACAAAGUUACAAGAUGGAAAACAACUGCACAUCCUGCAACCUACGAAGAAACAAGAUAAAAGAAGCCAUGGACGAGGCUAAAUCACUUCGCGUUGCAAACGGAAAACUCAUCAAUGCGCUGUUCAAGCUUACCACAAUUAUUAAAUCCAAUCCUGGAUUAUAUAGACCUAUUGACAACUAUCAGAUUGGACACACAAAUACCUGUGCUCCAAUCUACAACCCUAUAAGCCUCCCUGAAGCAUCCGUAAACGUAGCACCAACCACCAGUAACCACCCAACAGAGGUGUUUACUUCUUAUAGAAGCCACCACGGAAACUCUGAAAGGGCUAGACACCACAAAAGCUUUGAGAGCGCCGAGGAUAAUAACAUUUGCACCAGCACCACCGCAGAC